AUGUUCUUAAUAAGAAGUAAAACGCUAAGUGGUCUAGAUUUUUCUGUUUUCACUUGUACAGUGGAUUUUGUCUAUCUAGAUUUCUGCUUCUUCAUUCAACAUCACAAAUAUUGGGAUAACAGUUGUUUCAAGAUUUCGGGGUACCAAGGUUAUAAGGCAUAUGAUGUACCUAAUGCAGAUUUCAGAGAGGCCUAUCCAAAGACGAGUUGCUCUUGCUCAUCUUUGUUCACCAGAGGAUCCAUAUUCAUCGAUGACAAAGGCAUGUGA